UGCGCCCGCGGUCCGCCCUCUCCUCCCCGCCUUGGGUGGUGCCGCUGCCUCGUCCCCGCUCGCAGGCUCAGGGCGGAGGCGGCCGGCGCUCCCGCAGCAGCCGCGAUGCAGGCCAUCAAGUGUGUGGUGGUGGGCGACGGUGCUGUAGGUAAAACAUGCCUGCUCAUCAGCUACACAACCAAUGCAUUUCCUGGAGAGUAUAUACCCACCGUUUUUGACAACUACUCUGCCAAUGUAAUGGUUGAUGGCAAACCAGUCAAUCUGGGUUUAUGGGACACAGCUGGUCAAGAGGACUAUGACAGACUACGUCCACUCUCCUACCCACAAACAGUUGGAGGAACCAAUGGUAAGAAUAUAUCUUCCAGUCUGACAGAUGAACCUAUUGCCGAUGUCUUCUUAAUCUGCUUUUCCCUCGUGAGCCCAGCUUCCUUUGAAAAUGUCCGUGCUAAGUGGUAUCCUGAGGUGAGGCACCAUUGUCCCAACACCCCCAUCAUUCUCGUGGGCACCAAACUCGACCUUCGGGAUGACAAGGACACCAUUGAGAAGCUGAAGGAGAAGAAGCUGACUCCCAUCACCUACCCACAGGGCCUUGCCAUGGCCAAAGAGAUCGGCGCAGUGAAAUACCUGGAAUGCUCAGCACUCACGCAGAGAGGCCUCAAGACAGUGUUUGAUGAAGCCAUUCGAGCAGUGCUGUGCCCCCCUCCUGUAAAGAAGAGGAAGAGAAAAUGUCUGCUGCUGUAAACAUCACCCUCCCCCACCCCAUCAACCCUGUGCUUUGCUCAAACAAUGGAGCAUUCACAUGCCAAGUUUUUCUGUUAUAAAUUAGUUCUCUACCAUAAAUUCAUGAACCAGUUGACAAUUUCAUGGUUUCAUUUGUUUAAAGUAUGAUCGUUACCUUGCAUUCUUCUAAGAGCAAACUCCUGAAAAGACACACCUAUGUGAAGCCUUAUUUUUAAAAUCCUCUUCUUGCUCAAUUAAGUGUUGCCAAACUUAUCUGCUGAACUAAGUUGCUUUGUUGUGCUACGAACACUAAGCACUAAACUGUUUUUUAAAGAUUCUUCUUGAAAAUGACUCUAAUUUCUGGUAGGAAAUGCAAAAUCUUUCUAGUUUUUCACAGUAAGUAACAGUACCGGGAAUGAGCAGAACACUGAGCUCUGACGUGUUUUGUUAUUCAAUGUUUUCUCAGUGCAGCCACUGCCUGUGGUGGGUGUUGAACCCCAGCCCCUGGCAGUGACUGACACCCCUGAGUCACAGUGUAAAUGCUUUAUCAUUGGUAAGGGCUUGGUUGCAAUCUAGUUCUUGCUGCUGUGAUUUAAAAAAAAUAAAUAACUAUUCUUACUGAAGUGUAUCUAGUCCUUUUGACAGCAUUGUGUUGUGAUGGGUAAAUGGAAUAUUGGGUUGGAUCAGACAAUAGUGCCAGACAGUAUUUGACACUGUACAGAUGACUUACACUACACUGCCAGGGUAGCUCAGCCACCAUUUUCCCAGAGGUGCAGUAGUGGAGAGAGGUUGGUGUUCAUAGGUAAAUUCCUUUGAAUUUCAAGUAGGGCAUUCAUGUAGGUUCAAUUCUGGACCAGUCAUUCCCACUUUUAUGUAGUAAAUGCUUUUCUUGUAGAAUCUCUUCUUACUGAGCAAUAUAACUUGUAUUUUAAAAACCUUUCUCAUGAUAGAAAUUUGCUUUCUUUUUCUUUUAUAGAGUAGAAUGUUCAAGCAUAUCCUUAUUUUCCCAUUAUUUCUGACCCAGUAAGUUAUGCUUUCUGAGCUUUUAGUCUUAUUAACUAGGUGUAAAAAUCAUGUGAAGCAGCUUUAGACAUUUUAGUAAUUUUUAUAUUUUAAACCUCUUGUAAACAACAAACCUUCUCAAGUGUCACUAUUUGCAAGAUCCCCCCCAGUGUAACAUGACUAAUGCAGACAAGUGUUCUCUGUCACUCCAUGUGCAGCAUAGAUUGUAACGGUAACGGGUCUGUGAGGUUCUGUAAUUAGUGCUAAUGUUCUGUACCUUCUAAACUGGCAGGAAUAUGAUGUUGAACUACACCCUUUCAACCACUAAAGCAAAAUUUAAAAGUUGCGAAAUUGUGAAGUUUUUACAUUGAUCUUUUGCUAAUGCAAUUAGCAGAAUGUUUUGCAUGUAAGAAUUAAUAAAUCCUUGAAUCACA